UAUCUCUAUAUAACACCCCACCUCAUCCUCAUCCUCCUAAUUAAAUCUGAUAAUUCAUUAGAGAUUUAUAAGUACGGCCUUCUACUUCCAUUGUAGAGAGAGAAAGUGGGGGGAGUUCAAUGGCUUCAAAGAGCAUCAUUGAUGUGGAGAAUGGAGGGAACUUGAAGGGAUUGAGCAGGGAGAUAAGGCAUGGGAGAACGGCUCAUAACAUGUCUUCUUCUUCUCUCAGAAAGAAAUCGGACGUCACUCUGCUUCAGAGUGUUCAGAUUGGGGUUUUGAGAAAGAUUUUGGCGAAUUUGCAGGAAGUGAUCCUCGGGACUAAGCUCGCAUUUCUCUUUGUUUCAGUCCCCGUUGCCAUUGUUGCUGAGUACUGCAAUUUCGGCCAUGGAUGGGUCUUUAUCCUGAGCUUACUGGGCCUCAUACCUCUCGCUGAACGAGUCAGCUUCCUUACAGAGCAGAUUGCAUUCUUCACAGGCCCAACAGUGGGUGGGCUUCUCAAUGCAACCUGUGGAAAUGCAACAGAGCUUAUAAUUGCCUUCUUUGCCCUUGCAAGUGAUAAAAUAGUGGUGGUAAAGUGCUCCCUCUUGGGCUCUGUUCUCUCUAAUCUCCUCCUGGUCUUGGGCACCUCUCUCUUUUGUGGUGGUCUGGUGAACCUCAGGAAGGAACAAAGAUAUGACAGAACUCAGGCCGAUGCGAAUUCGGGUCUGCUCAUAUUGGGAACGAUGUGCCUCAUUCUCCCACUGCUCUUCAAAUACGCGGAUCCUUCGAGCUUGGGGCAUCCAGCCCUCGAUCUCUCGCGGGCGAGCAGUAUCAUAAUGCUCAUCUCCUACGGUGCUUAUCUCUUCUUCCAGCUAAAGACCCAUCGCCAAUUGUUCGAGCCUCAAGAGGACGACGACGGAGACGAAGAGGAUUCACAGGUUGAAGAGGCGGUUAUCGGGUGGCAGAGCGGGGUCGCUUGGCUGGUGGUGAUGACUGCUACUAUCGCUCUCCUUUCUGAGUAUGUGGUUAAAACCAUUGAGUCCGCAGCGAACUCAUGGGAUAUCUCUGUGAGCUUUAUAAGCGUAAUCCUUCUACCCAUAGUCGGGAAUGCGGCCGAGCAUGCCGGUGCAAUCAUCUUCGCUGUCAAGAACAAACUGGAUAUCACUCUAGGUGUUGCCAUGGGUUCUGCAUCUCAGAUAUCCAUGUUUGUGGUUCCAUUAACAGUUGUGGUGGCUUGGAUGAUGGGGAAGGGCAUGGAUCUUGACUUUGGAAUCCUUGAGACUGUCUCUCUCUUCAUAUCAGUAGUUCUUGCUGCUUUCAUGUUGCAGACCGGAGAUUCUCACUAUAUGAAGGGAUUCAUUCUCCUGCUCUCCUACUUAGUCAUAGGCGCAUGCUUGUUUGUUCUUAAAACUCCACUCGGAGCUGCUGCCAAGACAUUCACCGCACCUCUCGAUAGAAUUAAGCUUCUCAUGCAGACUCAUGGUAUACGGGCUGUUGAGAAAAGUCAAAAGCAGGGCAUUGGUUUUGUUGAGGCCAUUACGAUGAUUGGAAAGGAGGAAGGACUUAAAGGUUUCUGGAAAGGCAAUCUUCCUCAGGUGAUACGGAUUAUUCCAUACACUGUAGUGCAGCUUUUCUCAUAUGAAGUAUACAAGAAACUCUUUAGAAGAGAGGAUGGAGAGCUCUCCGUUGUUGGGAGAUUGGCAGCAGGGGCUUGUGCGGGCAUGACUUCUACUCUCGUGACUUACCCUUUAGAUGUCCUAAGGUUGAGGUUAGCCGUUGAGCCAGGCUGCAAAACAAUGACCCAGGUUGCUUUAAACAUGCUCAGAGAUGAAGGAGUUGCUUCCUUCUACAGCGGUCUUGGACCUUCUCUUCUUGGAAUCGCACCCUAUAUUGCUGUCAAUUUUUGCAUUUUUGACUUGAUAAAGAAAUCUCUACCAGAGAAGUAUCAAAAGAGACCUGAAACAUCUAUUGUAACUGGUUUGGUGUCAGCCACCCUUGCGACACUUAUGUGCUAUCCUUUAGAUACCGUUAGACGACAAAUGCAAAUGAGGGGCUCACCAUACAAAACAGUUUUGGAUGCUUUUCCAGGUAUUAUGGCGGCUGACGGUCUCAUUGGAUUAUAUAGAGGUUUCAUACCAAAUGCAUUGAAAAACCUACCAAGUAGCAGCAUACGACUAACUAUAUUUGACACCGGAAAAGGUCUGAUAAUCACCAGUCGGCAAGAAUAUGAGAGAAUCCUUGAAGAAAACCGCAAUAAUUUAGUUGCCUAAGAAAUUUAUUAUUUAUUCAUUUUGUUGUUUUGUUUAAGCUUUAGGGUUUGCAACAACCUGGCCUUAUAGCAGUUUUUGUAUUUGUAACAAUGCGUUUUUGCUAAUCUUAGUUUAAAUUUUUGUGCAUUGUUAUUCUGC